AUGCCCUACAAUCCAUUGUAGUGGUGUCUAAUUACAUCUUCUAUAAUCUAUAUUGUCAAAUUAGUACCGGCCCGCCCCCAAAAUCUUGAUUCGGUCCGUCCGGCAUGCUCACCCCAAAAUUUGCUUUCAGAACCCCAAGGUAAGAUUGUGAGCUCCAAUUUGAUCCAGUAGAUUUUCCAAGAUAUUCCAGCAGUUGGAAGUCAUUGAAGAACUAGAGAGAUUAUUGAGGUAUAAGAACAGGUCCUGAUAAAGAAGAAGACGAAUGGGGGAUGGAAACAGCAGCAGAGGCAGCGGCAACAGGCCGGAGUGGCUGCAACAGUACGAUCUUUUAGGGAAGAUCGGAGAAGGAACGUACGGACUUGUGUUUUUGGCGAAGAUCAAAUCUUGCGGCUACAAACCCAUCGCUAUCAAGAAAUUCAAGCAGUCUAAGGAUGGGGAUGGCAUCUCUCCCACUGCUAUUCGCGAAAUAAUGUUGCUCCGGGAGAUAUCCCACGAGAAUGUUAUAAAACUGGUGAAUGUGCACAUCAACCCUAUAGAUAUGUCACUGUACCUAGCUUUUGACUAUGCUGAGCAUGAUCUUUAUGAAAUUAUCAGACAUCAUCGAGACAAGGUCAACCAGCCAAUACAUACCUACACUGUUAAGUCAUUUUUGUGGCAGCUGCUUAAUGGUUUAAAUUAUCUUCACAGUAACUGGAUUGUUCAUAGAGAUCUAAAGCCAUCUAACAUCUUGGUCAUGGGAGAGGGAGAAGAGCAAGGAGUUUUAAAAAUAGGUGAUUUUGGUCUUGCUAGAAUUUACCAAGCUCCAUUAAAGCCACUCUUUGAGAAUGGGGUUGUGGUGACAAUUUGGUAUCGUGCUCCUGAGUUACUCCUUGGGGCAAAGCACUAUACAAGUGCAGUAGACAUGUGGGCUGUUGGCUGCAUAUUUGCUGAGCUUCUUACACUAAAGCCUCUUUUUCAAGGGCAAGAAGUGAAAGGCCCACCUAAUCCAUUUCAGCUUGAUCAACUUGACAAGAUAUUCAGGGUUCUAGGCCAUCCCACACAGGAAAAGUGGCCAAUGCUUGUGAAUCAUCCACACUGGCAAUCUGACCAGCAGCACAUUCAAUCGCGUAAAUAUGAAAAUCCUGCACUAUACAGUGUUGUACACCUCUCUCCAAAAAACCCAGCAUGUGAUCUCCUCUCAAAGAUGCUUGAAUAUGAUCCUCACAAGCGGAUUACAGCGGCACAGGCUCUUGAGCACGAUUACUUUCGGGUGGAACCUCUACCUGGCCGCAAUGCACUUCUGCCAAUGCAACCCGGAGAAAAAGUUAUUAAUUAUCCAGUUCGACCUGUGGACACAAAUGCAGAGUUUGAAGGAAUAACUAAUCUCCAACACCAGCAAGUAUCUGCUGUUCCUGGUGGUAUACAAGGCCCUCACAUGAUGACCACUAGAUCUGUACCCCGUCCAAUGCAUAUGUUGAAUAUGCAACGAAUGCAACAGCAGCAGGGAAUGGCUCCUUAUAAUCAUCUGGCUUCUCAGGCCGGGAUGGGUGGUGGGAUGAACCCCAGCAACAUGCGAGGCCCUGCUUCCCAGGCUCAUCAACAACAGAUGAGAAGGAAAGACCAAGGAAUGGGAAUGACUGGAUACCCUCCUCAACAAAAAAGGCGCUUAUGACUCUUUGUAAUUCAAGACUUCUUGCGAAAAUUCAGUUUCUAUGAUGGGUAUAUAGGUGAGUUCACAUGCAUUUUGGGCGUCCUCUCUCUUUCCUCGCAAAUGCACAUGGAAGAAGCUUUUUAGUCCAUUCUAUAUUCGCUAUCCCAUUUUUCAACAAGUGCCCUCAUUUAUAUGCAUGUGGAAGAAGAUUAUUGGUAGGCUUGCUCAUGGAAAUUAAAGAGUUUUUGUUUUUAGUUUAUUAAUUUUAGGCGUAACCAUGCGCUUCUAAGCAAUAUUCGAUAGGAAAUUGUAGCGGCAAUUUCAUCUAAGAAUUGUGGUUUGCAAAUUUAGCAGCUACUCGUAGAGCUUUAUGUUGCUUAAAACUUAAGCGAGCAUUUUAAUAGACAAUUUUUUUGUAGAAAUAGAUAAUCUCAUCGUUA